AUGUCGUUCGCGUUAGAGAAAGAAUCCCCCUUGGGGUUCCUGUGGGAUAACGCUGCUGUUGCAGCUCUGGCAGACACAUACACAUCUUUCCAAGAACGGAGGGAAGCUCUGGGUCUUUCAAACCCUGGAACAGUUGAGAACAUUGCUCGAGAGGUCCAGCGCGAUGUCUUCCUGAACAACUAUACCUUCUCAGGCCUGAGGGCGGAUCUCACCAAAGCUUUCAGCAUCCAACCCUUAUUCCAAGUUUCACAUGCAUUCUCCAUUGGAUCGCAAGGCUUGCCACCAUACACAUUCGCAGCUCUCUUUGGCACCAAUAAGAUCUUCAUGCAAGGAAACGUGGACAAUGAAGGUCAACUCUCAACUCGGUUUAACUACCGAUGGAACUCCGCCCUUGUCACAAAGACCCAGAUCCAAAUCGCACCUGGCCCUAACCAAGCUAUGGUGCAAGUCGACAACGAAUACACGGGAAAUGACUUCACUGCCUCGGUGAAGACCCUCAACCCAUCUCUUAUUGAUGGCGGUCUCACUGGAAUUUUCAUUGGCAGCUACUUACAAUCGGUCACUCCAAACCUCGCUCUUGGGCUCGAGGCAAUCUGGCAACGCGCGGCCAUGAACCAAGGUCCAGAAACCGCUGUGUCAUACUGUGCCAAGUACAAGGGAAGUGAUUGGAUUGCCAGUGCUCAAUUGCAGGCACAGGGUGCCAUCACCACUUCUUACUGGCGAAAGUUGACGGACAAGGUGGAAGCUGGUGUGGAUCUGAACUUGCAGUUUGCUGGGUUAUCAGGGGCAGGCGGGCUCAUGGGAAUGCCUAUGAGAAAGGAGGGUGUUACCACUGUCGGUGCCAAGUAUGACUUCCGAAUGUCUACCUUCAGAGCUCAGGUCGAUUCGACCGGAAAGUUGAGCUGCUUGUUGGAGAAGAGAGUUGCACCACCUGUGCAGUUAACCUUCGCAGCUGAGAUGGACCAAUUCAAGCAACAAGCGAAGAUCGGUAUGGCUGUCUCCAUCGAGGCGGGCAGCGAGGAGCUUCAAGAACAGCAAGAGUUGGGAGGUGGCGCCCCUCCAGCUCAGAUCCCCUUCUAA